AUGCUGCUGAAGUGUCUUGUGCUGAUGCUCGGCUGGACUGUGAUGUCCGAGCUCGUGCGAGCCCAGAACGACACGGAGCCUAUCGUCCUGGAGGGGAAAUGCCUCGUGGUGUGCGACUCAAACCCGGCCACGGACUGGAGGUCCUCAUCCUCUCCGCUCGGCAUCUCUGUGCGCGCGGCCAACUCCAAGGUGGCUUUCUCUGCGGUCCGGAGCAACAACCACGAGCCGUCAGAGAUGAGCAACAAAACGAGAAUAAUCUACUUUGAUCAGGUGCUUGUGAAUAUAGGAAACUACUUCACGUUUGAAUCGGUUUUUUUGUCCCCAAGAAAAGGAGUCUACAGUUUUAACUUUCAUGUAAUCAAAGUGUACCAGAGCCAAACCAUACAGGUGAACUUGAUGUUAAAUGGGAAGCCAGUCAUCUCUGCUUUUGCAGGCGACAAAGACGUAACUCGUGAAGCUGCUACCAACGGAGUUCUACUUUAUCUCGAAAAAGAGGACAAAGUUUACCUCAAGCUGGAAAAAGGAAACCUAGUCGGUGGAUGGCAAUACUCAACGUUCUCUGGCUUCCUUGUUUUCCCCCUGUAAAAAGAUU